AAUUUGUCGAUUGGUUGCGUUGGUUGGUUUUGCUGUGCGAGCGGGUGAUCGAAUUCUAUUCUCUUAAGAAGAUUAGUGCAUUUAGUGACUAUAAACAAAUUCAGAUUUAAAUAUUUUGAAAUGGUAAUAUUGAAAACAAGAUUUUUACCAUUGUUAAUAGAAUCCAAAAUAUAAGGUUAAUAGUGCGCAAGUGCAACGUUUCGGUAUAUAUGAAAUGUAAUGCAACAGUAAAAAUUAAAUAAGGAAUUUAAAAAUAUUUUAAACGAAAAAAUUGUCCGUUAAAAUUCGCUUGCCGUAGUGACGCCGUCCAUUGUCUUUGGAAUUCCUCUUUGUUACCAUAUUUUAUUGGUAACAUACAUUAUCUAUGUAAGCAUAUAUAUAUAUAUAUAUAUAUGGCUGUGGAUAUGGUAUCCAGUAGUGGUAGUGGUGUUAUAAUUUAUUGUAUUAGUGUUCAUAACCACUAUUUUUACCUGGAUUUACCUGUUUAAAAUGGAAAUAUAACAAAAAGAAAAUUUACAAAAACAAGAGAAUAACGAAAAAAUGAAAUAACGUGCAAACAAAUCAGAAAAGAUAGAGUGAGAAUAAGUGAUAAAUAAGAUAAUACCUUUUUGUGCAUUUCUCAUUUAAAACGUAAAUUUCAAUUUAUAAGAAAUUGGAAAAAGAUAAACGAUAAUAUAUGCAUAUGUGUAUAUAUGAGUGCCUAUGAGUGUGUGCCAUGGUUUCCAUGAAAAUGCAAAAGUUUGCAAUAACAUAUCUAACAACAACAAGUAAUGAAAAACGACGUCAGCACUAACAAUAACAAUUAUAAAUAAACGUUAUAGUGCCAAAGUUACGUAGUGGAUUCCGCUGACGUUGACAAAAACUUGAAUUAAUAUAAAAUAAAACUAAAAAUUACCAAACGAAAUUAACAUGAAAUUCAAAUAAAAAAAGUUGGUAAAAUAUAGUAGAAACGUGCAAACGCUAAAAAAACCGGCGAUCGCUUAAUAACUCUCAAACUACAAUAAACGUACGCAAAAAAGAAAAAGUGUAAUGCUACAAAAUGCCUUCAAUAAAGCUGCAGAAACGAAAAUGCACUCACAAAUUAAUGCUGCUGACAUUAACGAUUUUCACAUUAUCACAUAUACCAGCGAUUGUAUAUGCCACGACAAAUUCAAAAAAUCACCUGCAUCAUUUUCACAAUCAAUUAAUAGAUGACAUUAAUUUUAAAAAUAUAACGGAUACAUCUAAAAGUGUUCGAUUACGUCGCUCUCCUGAUACAGUUAGUUCGUUACAUAGUUCGUUACCAUCCGCGCGUUCCGGUAAUUCUGCGGUUUAUUUUGGUCAUAACAGUGCCUCACAAACGAGCAGCGCGAAUUUGAAUGAAGCUUUUUCGGUUGAUAAUCGUAAACCAGCUUUCAAGAAUUGUGCCACAUAUAAACCAUCAGUGAAAGAAGAACAACCAGAAAACACAUAUGUCAUACAAGUACUAGCUGAAGAUCCUGAUCCAGGACAAGAAAUCAAAUACAGUGUUGUACAAUCGUUUUCGGAACGUCCCAAAUUUUUUAUAAAUUCUCAAACCGGCGUCAUUACUACAGCGCACACAUUUGAUCGUGAUGAACCUAUACGUGAAAAAGCUGUAUAUGUUACAGUACGAGCAACUGAUAAUGGACAUCCUGCAUUGGACGAUGUUUGUACAUUUCAAGUUACCAUUUUAGAUAUAAAUGAUAACCCACCGGUUUUUAAUAAAGGAGUAUAUGAUGAGAAUAUGUCAGAAGAUGCACAACCUGAUACGGUAGUGGUGCGUAUUACUGCUACUGAUCUUGAUGAUGGCAUAAACAGUGCUAUUGAAUAUCAAAUUUUGCCUGAACGCGAUUAUAAGUACUUUAAAAUCGACAAAGUAGCAGGUAUUAUUUAUUUAAAUCAUCCCAUCGAUAAACGACCUGGAAAACAUUACACAAUUACUGUUCGCGCCUAUAAUGUUGUUCCAGAGAUACCACAAGAUGCACAAACAAUAGUUAAAAUAAAGGUAGUGGAAUCAUCGAAGAAACCACCAUCUUUCAUUAACCCAAUUGAAGAACCAAUAUAUUUAAAAGAAGACUAUAACGAUUAUUCAACACCAAUAGUGACACUGCAGGCAGUUUCAAAUAUACCUGAUAAACCGGAGGUUACUUUUGAACUGAUAACUGGUCGAACCGAGCAAACAAAUAGUAGAAAGACAUUUGUGUUCAACCAAAUUGGCAACAGUGUUACCAUUAGUCUGGGCAAGUCUUUAGACUACGAAGCAAUAACUGAUUAUACGCUGACUAUGAGUGUUAAGAAUAAAUUUGAUCUUGUAACCGAACACGUAAUAAAGAUAAAAGUUGAAGAUGUAAAUGAUAAUAUACCAUACUUUUUGUUCGAAGUAAAUAAAGGCACUAUUUUAGAAAAUGAACCGCCUGGUACGCCUGUUAUGCAGGUGCGUGCAUUUGAUAUGGACGGAACCUCAGCUAAUAAUAUUGUAACAUUUGAGCUUGGAGAUUAUAAAGAAUAUUUUGCAAUUGAUUCCAACACUGGUAAUAUAACCGCUUUGACUACUUUUGAUCGGGAGGAACGCGAUUUUUAUAAUAUUAAAGUUAUUGCUAGUGAUAACUCUCCUUCUAGUUUAUUUAAUAAUGGGGAACCAAAUCGUGGCCAACAGGUGUUUACCAUAGAUAUUGCUGAUAAAAACGAUCAUAAACCACAUUUUCAAAGGUCUGAGUACGUAGCUGAAAAAUUACCUGAAGAUUCUAAUAUUAAUCACAUUGUAGUCGAAGUAACAGCGGAGGAUGAAGAUAAUGCAUCUCAAAUUGUCUACACUAUUGAAAGCGGUAACGUAGGUAAUGCUUUUAAAAUUGAGGAAAAGACCGGUAGUAUCUCAGUAAAUCAACGAUUGGAUUAUGAGAAUAUAACUGAAUAUGUACUUAAGAUACGGGCUUUUGAUGGUAUUUACGAUGAUUUUGCUACGGUAACUAUAACAAUUGAAGAUGUUAAUGAUAAUCCACCAAUGUUUAAGGAAGAUUAUAAGAAAAAUAUAUAUAAAAUACAAGAGGAAGCAGUUUUUGAUCAUUGUAUAGUUAAUAUAGAAGCAUAUGAUCCAGAUAUAAAAGAUCGAACUGCUGAUCAACAUAUAAAAUAUUUUCUUGUCGUGGAAGAACAGAAGAAAUUCUUAAGUAUUGAUAAUAAUGGUUGUUUGAAACUAAUUCACCCAUUGGAUCGUGAUUUACCAGAUGGACACAAAAAUUGGCAAGUAUUGAUAACUGCUGUUGAUGCAGAUGGUAAUGGCCUUAAAUCUGUGACACCAGUUACAAUUUCUCUACAAGAUAUAAAUGAUAAUGCGCCUUUCUUAGUUAAUAAAAUGCCUGUUAUAUGGCAGGAAAAUCGUAAUCCUGGACAGGUGGUACAGUUGCAAGCGAAUGAUUACGAUGAGGUUCAGAAUGGUCCACCAUUUACUUAUGGUAUUGAUAGUGAUGCUUCGGCAGAUAUUAAAACCAAAUUUAGUAUUGACAAUGAUUACCUCUUUGCUAAUGUACAAUUCGAUCGCGAACAACAGAAAGAAUACUUCAUACCAAUACGUAUCAGUGACUCCGGACAACCGAGACAAAGUGCAGUAAGCAUACUACAUCUCAUAAUUGGUGACGUGAAUGACAACGCUAUGACUGAGGGCUCCUCACGUAUUUUCAUUUAUAAUUAUAAGGGUGAGGCACCUGAUACUGAUGUUGGACGAGUUUUUGUCGAUGAUCCUGAUGAUUGGGAUUUGGAUGAUAAGCAAUUCCAAUGGAAAAAUGGAAUACCACAUGAUAAUUUUCGACUAAAUCCCAGUUCUGGUAUGAUAACUAUGUUACAAGGAACACAGGAGGGAGAAUAUAUGCUAGAAUUUGUAGUUACAGAAGAAUCUACUUUUAUUCCAUACCACUCCGUUGAUGCUGAUGUGACAAUUGUGGUUAGAGAACUUCCAGAGGAAGCUGUUGAUAAAAGUGGUAGUAUACGCUUUUUCAAUAUAACAAAAGAAGAUUUUAUAAGCAUACCACGCGAUGCUCAUGCUGAUGAUUCAUUAUCGCUUAAAGAUAGAUUACAAUAUUCUAUUGCUAAGCUAUUUAACAUAUCUGUUUCGAAUGUCGAUGUUUUUACUGUUUUGGAAAAUAUUAAUAACACUUUAGAUGUACGUUUUUCUGCUCAUGGAUCUCCUUAUUAUGCACCAGAAAAACUCAAUGGUAUGGUUGCUCAAAAUCAGCAAAAACUAGAGAAUGAUCUGGGUUUAAAAAUCCAAAUGGUGCCCAUUGAUGAAUGUUUAAUAGAAAAAUAUAAAUGCGAGUCUUCAUGCAUGAAUAUUUUACAAAAAUCAUCAGUUGCUUACGUUAUAUACUCGAAUACCACAUCUUUUGUAGGAGUUAAUGCAUUCAUAGAGGCGGCCUGCGUAUGCGAAUCAAGAAUUAGAAAUUAUUGUCUUAAUGGAGGCACGCCGAAAGUAGGAGAAGACGAUGCUUGCGAUUGUAUUGAAGGAUUUUCGGGUCCCCACUGUGAACUUGUCUCUGUAGGAUUCUAUGGAAAUGGUUAUGCUUUCUAUGAACCGAUUUCAGCUUGUGAUAACACAAGAAUAAGUUUGGAAAUUGCACCGCAAACAGAUCAUGGCCUUGUAAUGUACAUUGGUCCGUUAAACUAUAAUUCAUUACUUCCGUUGACUGAUUUCUUGGCACUUGAACUAGUCAAAGGUUAUCCAGUUUUAACAGUCGAUUAUGGUUCUGGCGGUGUACGUAUUGAACAUCGACAUAUACAGUUACAAGCUGGUAAAUCGUACCAAUUGGACAUAAUACUACAAAAAACAAGUAUUGAAAUGACUGUAGAUAAUUGUAGAUUAUCGACUUGUAUGAGUUUAGGCGCACCACAAGGUCUGAACGAAUUUCUUAACGUUAACGCACCAUUACAGUUAGGUGGAACACCAGUAAAUCUUUUACAAUUAGGUCGUCAGCUCAAUUGGACUUAUAUACCCAGUACGCAAGGCUUUUUCGGUUGUAUACGAAAUUUAACAAUUAAUGAACAAACAUAUAACUUAGGAGCGCCAUCAGUAUCCCGUAAUAUUGAUUCGGGUUGCCAACGUGCUGUAGCUGUCGCUGUUAGCUUCGGUAUAGAUCGUAAUUUCAUUAUUGCGAUUAUAUCAUGUGUUUUGCUUCUUCUUAUUAUAUUAUUAGCUGUUGUUGUGCAAAAGAAACAAAAGAACGGUUGGCAUGAAAAAGAUAUUGAUGAUAUACGAGAAACGAUUAUAAAUUACGAAGAUGAAGGUGGUGGUGAACGCGAUACCGAUUAUGAUCUAAAUGUAUUACGCACUCAACCGUUCUAUGAGGAAAAAUUGUACAAAGAUCCUCAUGUACUACAAGGUAUGCGAGAUCCAAGUGAAAUUCCAGAUAUCGGUGGUUUCUUAGGGGAUAAAAAAGAAAAUUGCGAUAGAGAAUCGGGUGCUUAUCCCGUUGAUGAUGUACGACAUUAUGCGUAUGAAGGCGAUGGUAAUUCUGAUGGUAGCUUAUCCAGUUUAGCGUCAUGUACUGAUGACGGAGAUCUCAAUUUUGAUUAUUUAUCAAAUUUCGGACCACGAUUCCGUAAAUUAGCUGAUAUGUACGGUGAAGAACCAUCCGAUACAGAUUCUAAUGUAGAUGAUGAUCAAGGAUGGCGCAUUUAAGUAAAUUAGUUUAACAUUCAUUCGUGUAUAUAUACAUACGCAUAUUAACAUAUCUAUAAAUAAAUGGACUUAAAAGACUUUACGCUGUCAUGUCGCUUUAUGGCGCUUUAAUUUAUAAAACAUUUACAUUUAAGAGUGUGAAAAGUUAUAUCGAUUGUUAUAAUUUUGAAAAUACGUGUAAAAACUAAACAAAUAAAUUACGAACAAAUAUUACAUCAUUAA